GACCUUACCAGUUCAUGAAUCGGCCGUUCGACCGCACUGUCACUGAUUUAAGCAGGAGUUGAGUCUCGUCUCUAGUCUUCAUGCAUGCCUUCUAGUUUUUGAGGUUAAGAUAAAGAAAAUGACAAAACUGCUGGAGUGGGUGUCGUGCACAACGGUGCUUUUUGGCGUGUGGCUCGCUACAAUUAGAAGUGACUCUACCUUCGUUAAGGAAUGGCAUGAAAUUAUACUUUUUCUUCCAGUUAUUUCCUUAGUUCUCUUUGGAUUAUAUUCAGUUACUGUCAUCUUGUACAGAGUAUUCACUUUUAAUACCUGUGAAAGCGCAGCCACCGAACUUCAGCGACAAAUAGAAGAAGCUAAAAAGGAUCUCCAGAGCAGAGGUGUAACGCUACGAGGAUUUGAUGUUUCUUCAACUUCUUAAAACUGUAAAUAGUAUAUAAUAAAAUAAAAACAUAACUUUUCUAACUUAUAUGUAUUUAAACAUAUAAUUUUCUCUAUUUGUACUUUGUUAAUGUAGGUGGAUACAAAACAUGUACAUAUUUAUCAUUAAAUAUAUAAAGCUAUGAACUGUAAUAUUGCAAA